AUCGGUUUCGAUUUCUAAAGUACCGUACAAUUCGAAUGCCAACAUUUUCCGCGAUCGGCUAACUGAUGGAGAGUCAUCCAUACCUUUACCUAGAAAUCGCUGCUCUUACCGAUCGACCGAUUGUCAUGUUACCGACCGAUCGCCGAUGCUCUUGUGUCACUCCGAGGAUCGGUGUAUGCCUUUUUAUCAGUGUGCUCAGCGUGUUUAGAAAGAAAAGUAUCCACAUUCCUCGUGACUAGCGCUGCAGUAGAGCCUGUUGUUACUUUUGAUUUGUGAAUCAACAGGGAUGUACUCCAACAGGUAAUCUCAAGUGAUUUCUUUUUCGAUUUUCAUCAUUCGGCCGCAAUCGUGAGACAAUAAAUUUCCCAUUAAACACACUGGAAUCAAUUAACAAUAAAAAAAUGUGAAAACAACCGCGCCAAGUUGAAGUUCAAUAUAAAAUAGAUGUGAACAUAGAGAUAACUGGAAAUCAGGACGAAGAUAGAAGAAGACAUUCCACGCAUUCCAAAGCUGGACCAAGUCAACCAUCUACCACGUUAAAAAUGAUAUUUUUCUGCUCAGUUGCAAAUGAUACCUGAGGAAUAUGCCAAUGAAUAGUCAAGAAAUUGAAUCGUGAAAGACGUACCGAGGGUUACAAAUGGGCAAGAAAGGCCGAUUAUGGCCCAGCAGCAGCAACAGCAUCAGCACGAGUUUUUGCCGCUAUGCGACGUGCUGUUUAAUAUCAUCUCGCUGGCCUCUUACUUCUGUGAUGUUGUCUUUGACCUAGCAAUGGGCUAUGCUUUGGCUCAUCACGCUGCUGCACCAGCCUGUUUUUUUCCUCUCAGUAUUACUUUUGUCGUUACGUCACUUGUUGUGUCUCAGAUCAUUAGUGUUCGAUGGUACCUUUGGGGUGCUCGAGGUCAGCUAACUGCUGCCGGUACUGAUACCCCUGAUGAUCGUGGUAUUCAGAAGAAAGGUGGUUUGAUAGUGGGCUGUGUUUUGGUAUUACAUUCUAUGCAAGUUGGAGUCCUCUGGCGCUACUUCAAGCUGUUUAUUCCAGUUGAUCUCGCAUACGUAAAGCAUGAGGUUCGGGAGCUGUGUGUACUACGUCUGAUCCAUGCGUUCUGUGAGGCAGCGCCAAUGCUGCUCUUACAAUUGUAUCUAUUAUCGACUGGAAUAACUAGAGAGGAUGAUGCAAAAGAAGAAGAGGAAGGAGAAAAUGGGGGAAAAUUGGCUAAACUAACAGCCGUUUCGGCAGGAAUGUCUUUGUGGAGUGUUUGUUGGGCAGUUGCCAGUUUCAGUAAAGGGGCAGCCCGCUUACGGAAUUUGGAACGACUUGUGCUUACAUGGCUGGGCGUUUUAGCACAGUUAGCCUGGCGGCUUGGAACCGUUAGUGCCCGUGUUGGAGCACUUGUCGCAUAUGCAUCACUGUACGGAGGACAGUGGCUACUGGUUGUUCUUGCGCUUCAUUGGCUGUCAAUGCUCACUUGGUUGCUACUGACUCCUGACGGUCUAUUUCAUGGUGGAGAGCGUUUGCCACUACCACGAAAAGCCUUUCUCGCUACCCUACUCGCAUUUGUGUACGUUUUUGCCUAUGUCAACCUGCACGAAACAAAUCACCGACAAAAAAUGGUGAUAUUUUACACGGUUAUGUUCUUGGAAAACAGCCUACUGGUAGGGGUAUGGGCUGCCGGUUUCCAUCGAAGUAGUCUUCACCCAAAUCCGAUUACCUUGGCUCUCACACUUUUUGCUCUCUUUUUUGGAGGCCUGUUUUUCAUGGCGCUCUAUUACAGGUUUUUUCAUGUACGCAGACUCAGGUAUGAGGCUGGAGGCCGUAUGAAUUCAACAAAUGGUGUGGCCACUUUCUGUAAGCAGGAACAUAAUGAUGGAAAACAGAUGAAUUACUUGGAAGAGAAAAAGAAUAGUGUCGAAAUAGGGAUGAGGAGAGUGAAGUUGAGCAACGGGGGAAUUCCGGGAGUAUUUAAUUGCCGUUUUGCGAAUCCAACUGUGGCUAAUCCGAAUCGGAAAAAAAAAAAACCAACUACUUUUGUCCCUCCGCCUCCUCCUCCGCCACAACCAUUGUCUUUGGUGACAAACGGUAUGAGUGAACCACGCCCCAGGAUAAAUGGUAGCGCUGGAUCUCGGCAAUUGAUUCCGUUUUGGAGACGACCGCUGACAAUGGCUGUAACUCAGGCACACAAUCACCAGGACGGGCCAACUAGUGACACACAUGACAUAGAUGCUGGUGUCAGUUUAGGAGGAUCAAUGAGCAUGAAUCACAUCAGAGAGAAAUUGCAGGAAAAGAAGCAACAGCAACUGCGGGAAUUGAGAGCGAUUCAGGAAGAGAUUAGAUCAGGGAAGUUGGUACCACCCCCGUCGGCUUCCGCAUCUGCAUCUUCGUCAUCUCCUUUAGCAGCCAAUCAACAACCACCGCCAAAUGCUAAGCUGCACUCAUCUACUAGAGUUCCUUCGCCACAAUCCCCAUCUGACAUGAAUGAAAGCCUUACGCUAUCCUCUUGGCCACCGAUCAAAAUGCAUUGCCUCUCACCUCCUCCACCAGCUGCAUCUAUAUAUCAUCCGCCCAAUCCCUGGAAAGCUCCACAACGAGAGAGAGCUGUUACCCCAGAGAUUUUACUUGCUCCUCAAUGCUUACCACGUUAUCCGCAUUGGACACCCCCAGGGCAUCUUAGUCUUAGAUUGGGUUCAAAUCAAAACGAAGAGGAUGAAACUUGUAAAGAAGAUGGCGAGGUUCCUGUUGAGGGCGAGGGUGACAGUGAUGUGGAAGGCAGUCAGGUAUCGCUACCAAGAAGUUACACGCUUCCUAGGGAAUUUAAGUAUACUAAUGGGGUUGGUAUUGUCAAGGAUCGAGGAGAGCGAGAGUACAGAGGAAGUAACAAGCCACCACCGUCUCGGUAUUAUCUUCCCUCGACCAACAGCUCGGACGAUGGCGACGUGGAUAGCGCGGAUAAUGAGGAGGAAACAGAUUCUGAAUUGCGAAUACAUAGUAAUAACAACCGUGCUCACAACAAUAAUCGUCAACUACGCUUUCAGUCCGAUAGAACCAAUACUGUAGAACCCUCGACUCUAGUUCCUGCGAUUAUUGUUAAUACUUCUAAUUGUUACUUAAGCAGCCCAUAUGGUGCCCCUAGACCAAAUCAAUUACUUAGAGCUAAAGUUAAGCAUGAAACGAAGUUGUAAAUUAUAGAAUUUUUUUAAAUAUUUAAAUAAUAUUAUAUAUACAAGACAGAUACCAAUCCGUGUCUACAAAUAUCGUAACCCGGUGUCUUACUAACAAUGAGACUGAUGAGCGGACAUGACUGUCAAUUACAGAAUCGUGAAAACGAUCAAUUUCUUUCAAUAGUAAGACUGAGUUGAGUUUUUAAGCAUACACACUUGUACAAUGAAUUCACAGAGUGUGUA